GGAGAAAUUGACGGAUCAUCUACCAUCCACCGUUCAAUUGAUUUGAGAGUGCAUCUUCAUUUUCCAAGGGAAAGCAAAAACUGUCUACAGCAGUGACUCUCGGGGAGCCAGCGGAGCAUAACUCUGAUCAGUUUCCCGAUCAAUUUUAAUCCAUUUAUCAUUUCUCACCACUAUCUAUUACCUGAAUGAUUUGAGAAGUGUAUCUUCAUUUCUGAAAAGGGGUACCAGUGGAUACAGUACUUAUAACAUUCAUAUGCGUAUGUGUGAGGCGUGUACGAGAUAAAGUAAGGUUGAGAGGGGGGACGAGAAAAAGAAGGAAAAAGAAUGACAGGGAGAAGAAAAUAAGAUAAAACAAGAAAUACACUACCAGAUACAAGUACGGUAGAUGGAUUCAAUGUUCAAAGAAGGAAGGCAUGAAGAAGAAGGUCAUGUGGUCAAAACAAAUUCCUAUGAUGACUCAAUACAACAUCCAGCAUCCUACAAUGUCGCCUCCUUCAUCUUCGUCUGCAUAUUCUCUUCCUAUUUCUGGUAACCCUACUCCAAUUUAUCUUUUCAACCCUGAGAUUUCUCUUCUUCGUCUUCAUUUUCAAGACCAUUAUAAUUGUCAUCAACUUAUCAAAGAGGAUUGGAUAAAUUUGGAGGAAAGAUUCCAAGACCUACCAUAUCUCAAUACUCUCAAAAACAUCGAUACCAAUAUCAAAGCCACUAUCGCCAGCCCUUCACUCAUCCCUUCCUCUUCUCCUUUAUCUUCACCAUCUUGUAUCAUCGUUCCCAAACUCAAUGACUCAACUGAUGAUAAUCUCGAUCAAUUCCUCACCUUCCGAGAUUUCAUCGUAACUCAUACCGAUCUUACACUUCCCGAAAUAUCACUUGCCAUUACAAUUCGAGAAGACGACUCAUACCAGAGCCUUCAUGCGACAAAGAGAAGCUUGAUACGCAAACUCGAGUCGAUAUGGGGAGUCGAGAGAUGGGAAUUGUAUUGGAGAUGGGGAAGAAACAUUGUGGCAAGUUCAGAUUGCUUGAAUAUUUUGAGACGUGCGGGGAAGGCGGGACUGAGUUUAGAUGAUUUGGAUAAAUGGUUGAGGCUAGCUAGGAGGUCAAGGGUGGUAGGGAGAGGGUACUCGACGAAUUUCAAGAUUUAUAUUCCAGGAGAUGUGAAAAGAGCUAUAGAGAUGUGGAAGGUUGGAGGAGAGCAAGAUAUUGGGGAGGGCGGACAGGAGAUAGUGGAACAGGUUGAAAACGAACACGAUAAUAGAAGGAGUAGAGAGAGUUUACAGGUUCCAGUGCAAGAAACUGGUCAGAUUGAGGAAGCUGGGUGUGCUGAGGACAUUAGACAGAGAGAAGAGAUCGAGCAGAGUGAGGAUCUUGGGCAGAUUGAGGAUAGGGACAGAAGCUUUGAUGAGUCGGAACCAGAGAUGGCCAGAUUUAGACGAAAUGAAGAAGAUUUGAAUGAUCAACGUAGAUCUCAAUCACCACUUUUCAAUCAGUCGUAUUCUCCUCGACUCGAUUUGGACUCAGAUUCAGAUGAAUUUGAGCUUCCUCUUUCGUCAACUCUGCACAGGUCCUUUUUGGAGGAUUCGGACAAAUGUAUUAAGGAUAUACCAAAGAAUGACGAACCUUUCGAUAGAAUACGAGAAAAGAGAACCGUCGUUGAUGGGAGAUGGAAUGAUAAAAGAUUAUUCGAGGCUAUCAAAUCCUUUGAGAUUCCUCGGGGACUUCGUCUUUUGGAUCCUUUGGCGAUAAGUCCCACCAAAGCCAAUACACUAUUACUUCGUGGAUAUCUUUCCUACGAUCUGAUUUUAAUACCUGUGCAUCACGAAGCCUCUCAGCCACACUGGGUCUUAGUAGCUAUAGAGCCGCACGCCAAUAAGAUGUGGUAUUUCGAUUCAGCAUAUGCGCAUGACCGAUUUACAAUUAUCUCACAAAGUGUCAAGUCAUGGAUGGAGUUACAAGUAAAUGAUAUGGAUGUAAUGGAGAAGGGAACUUUAGGACAGCAAAGAAGUUUUGUGGUCAAAUGUCGUCAGCAAUCCGAUACUAUUUCCUGUGGAUUGUAUGUGACGGCUUUCCUAUACAUAAUCCUCACUCAGUCUAAAAGGAUAGAGCAUCAAGACUUUAUGAAUAUCGAUGUUGAGGAAGUCGAGAGGGAAGUUGAAAGGAAUAGAAUGGGAAUAAGUAGGGGAGAGACCCUCGGAGAGACAUUAAGAAAUGUGACCUUGAGGCAUGUUUUCACUGGCAGAUCAGAUCUAACAGACUUGGGAGAACCCGGUCUGGAGAUGGAUGAUUCAUCAAUGGGAUCUGUAAUGGAAGCGGGCGAAGGUGAUGAAGAUGAUAAAGGCAAAAAUGAAAGGUGCAUGAGUCGAGAGGGCAUUGUAAAGAGUAUAUCCGAAGAGGACGAUGAUAUCUCGGCAUCGCAUAAUAUCGUCGCUGAACUCAUCAUCACAACCUCAACCCCCCAAGCAUGCGAAUCAUCAAGCUCGAAUAAGAAACGGGAAUAUUUGAACUCACUCAUUAUCAAUACUAAGCUUGCAUAUAAAGAUCUUCUUCAAAGUCAACAAAAUGAGAAAUUGGAAUAUGAGAAGAAGAUCAUAGAGGGGGAGGAAAAGAUACAAGGAAUGAGGAAUGGGAUCAAGAGAUUGAGGGAAGAAUUGAAGUGGUUGGCGGAAGGAGAAGGGGAGAGAGAUGCGAAUGCGGAUACGAGUGUGGACGAGAGCAUGAGAGGUGCAAAAAGGACGAAGGGGGAGAAAUACUUGAUGAGGGAAGAAGAAAAGACUAGGAAAAGGUUGGAGGGAUGGACGAGCUGGAUUGAAAAAUUUCCAAAAUCCGAAUUUGUCAAUGAUGGUGAUGUGGAUUUAGAUAUUGUGGCAAGUCGUGGCAACCAAUUUGUCGAUGAAGCCGAAAGGUUUAAGGAGAAGUUAGAGCAAGAAGUGGACGCAAUGCAAAAGGCUUUAGUAUUAUUGAGAGAAAGAAAACAAACGGUGGAGAGAGAGAUAAAGAAGAGGGAAGAGGAAUUGGGAAAUGUGGAGGGAUGUGUGGAAUUGGAAAAAGUUAGGUUAAGCAGCGAAGUUGCGGUUUUGGAGGCGGAGAUUAAGGAGGGAAGAGAGAGAGUAGAGCUUAUGAGAAAUUGGGUGGUAGCGUGUGAGGAAUAGAAUUUGAGGUGAAGAUUUGGAAUGUAAGAGAGGGUGUAGCCCUAAGAAACAUAUCUGAUAGACAAGAAAUGCAAGUGAAAAUGAGAAAUUUUUAGCAAUCACAUUCCUCCGUAUGGAUCUUACUGUUCCUCGAGUAAUAAUUUUACUACUCA